AUGUGUCACAUUAUGGAGGAAGAAGAUUCGUUAGCAGGAGAUGAUCAGUAUGAUUACGAUGACGGCAACUACGACUGCGCUGAUGGCGAAAACCAAGAUUUUGAUUGCAAAAAAGAAAAUGCUGUUGACGCAGUUUCUGUCGCAAGAUCUUAUUGGAAAAACACCUCAAUCGUCGAAGAAUAUCGAGUGAUAAAGAAGCCAAAGAACAUAAAUCCCCGGACUGAUCUUUUAUUCGGAAUUAAAUCUCAGUGGAAUAAGAAAGACAGGAGAGACGUCAUCAGAAAAACUUAUGGAAAUACUACCUUCUACAAGCCAUAUGUCGCGAACUUCGUCUUCCUUAUCGGCGAAACUGACAAUCCAAGCAACUACGAUGAGCUCGAUCAACACGAUGAUAUUCUUGUUGGAAAUUUCGUGGACAGUUUUCAGAACCUUACGUUCAAAGACUCAAUGUUUUUCGCAUGGGCUUUGGAAGCUGCGCCUCAUAUGAAAAUAUGCUAUAAAGGCGACGACGAUAUAUUUCUCAACCCCUUUUCCUUCGUUCAGCUUCUCAGAAAUCAAUCAAUCACAGAUGAACCAUAUAUCUGGGGAGAUGUUAUGUACAACAACAAGAGGCGAACAGAUCCUUCGUAUGGAAAGUAUCAGGACUUAGUUUGGAACGAAGACCUUUACCCCAACUACACUUCUGGAGCGUGUCUUUUCAUGAACAGAGCGGCUGUAGAAGUAAUUCAUGAGAAUAUACCCAAGUUGCCGAUUAUACCAAUCGAUGAUGCUUUUCUAGCGAUCUGCAUGAGAAACGGCGGCUAUGGAUACGAGAAUGUUAUAAACAUCGAAAAACCUUCAAAAAUUCUCAAAUACCCAGAGAUAGAGAGAACGAAUUUAUGUUAUAUUGAACACUCGAUUGGGCUUCAUAAAUACGAGCCUGAAAUGCUCGAGUGUUUGUGGCCAAAGUUUCUUGAGCAAAGAAAAAUUUGUUAUAUGGAGAACUCAACAGAAAUCUCAAAAAUUGGAUAUCAUUGCGACAUGAAAUACCACUGGUACCUACGAAAAAUAGAGCCUUUCCAAGAUGGCCAAAAUAAAGGAAGAUGUGGAAUAGAAUUCAAUUACUCGUCUUGCCCACUCGAAGACUGGGACUCUGACAGUGGCCCAUGCUGCUCGCCUAAUCAUUACUGUGGAUCAAGUAAGGAUCAUUGCUCCUGUUUCGAAUGCAUAGACUUCAAAAACAUGCAUAUGACUAAACAAGGGAAGUGCUGCAAGAAAGUUAAAGUAUUCUCCUCCCGAUCUGAUAUCGCUGGUAUUUACGAGUAUUCAAGCCAGAACGAAAUCUACGGAACUUUCAUAUACGAGAGAAGAGGUUUAGUAAAAAGUGAGGAAGAACUUUUUGUCCUCGAAAAAUCAGAGCAAACCUGGUACAUUGCCAAUCAAAAGGAAUCUGUAGUCGCCUUUAGCAUUAAUAAGAUUGAAAAAUGUCUUGAGACUGGAGAAAUGUUCGGUGAGUACGAGACUUCCAUGAUGUGCACUGAAUAUUAA